AUGGUCCGACCCUUGCUCGCCUUCGGCGCCCUUUUGGGCAUCGCGGUCUCGGCGGUCCGCGCCCAGUACGAGAUCGACGAGAUGUUCAGCACUACCUGGAAUUCCUCCAAGGUCGUCGAGUACUCGAACCCGGCCAUCAAGUUUGUGCCGGGCCCAGCCCUCACCCAGUCGGUCAACUCGACUGCCACGACGCCCGACGUUGUCGGCAUCAAGGUGCUCGACAAGCAGGUCCACCAAAAGGUCGACAAGAUUGGCGCGGGCAUCACCGACGCCGCCUCGAUCGUCCUGCAGGCCUUCAAGGAGGCGCACCCGGACGACUACUGGACGCUGCUCCACCUCCUCUUCUCUCAGGACCCGGAGUGGGUCCAGCGAGGUGGCGCCGGCCUCAACGCCGUCCGCUCCCCGCUCGGCGCGAGCGACUUUGGCCUGGCGCCCUACAGCUACGACGACGUGUUUGACGGCUCGACCGACCCGCAGUUCAAGCUCUUCACAAUCGACAAGGCGCCCAAGCUGUGGCAGACGCUGCAGGACAUCAUCAAGGUCAACCCCAACGUCAAGACCUACUUUGCCCCCUGGAGCCAGCCCGGCUGGAUGAAGGCCGACUACCCAGGCUCGCAGCCCCUCUUCGGCGGUCACCUCAUUGACGGCUACGAGGAUCUCAUGGCCCAGUACCUCGUCAAAGCCAUGGUCGCCAUCCGUGACGAGAAGGGCAUCCAGCCCUACUCCCUCAGCGUGCAGAACGAACCCUUUUAUGACAGUUCGCACUACCCUACAUCUCGCUCCAAUCCGUCGCAGUUGGCCAAGCUGGGCAUCGCCACGCGCCGCCGGCUCGACGAGGCGGGCUUCAAGGACAUCCAGCUGCUCGGUCUCGACCACAAUUGGGACCACCCGCAGGAGGUGCUCGACAUGUUUGACAUGUCCCGCGACGACACCUGGGACGGCGUCGCCUACCACGGCUACGCUGGCGACCCGCGCACGCAGAUCCAGUUCACCGACGCGUACGAGGACAAGUCGGUGCACUUUACCGAGUACACGACCGUGACGCAGAACUUCAACGAGCCGUGGCCCAACCUCAAGGAGAAGUCGACCAAGAUCCUGUUCAAGUCGGUGCGCUACAAGAGCGAGAGCAUCAUCCUGUGGAACGCGUGCCUCCAGGUCGACGAGGACGGCUUCACGACGCCGCACCUCCUCAACGUUUGCCAGAACUGCCUGGCCCCGAUCCACCUGCAGCCCAAUGCCACGAACGGCAAUGCCACUGCCGCGCUUGCGGACCCUUCGGGCAGCAAGAUGAGGACGCUAGGCAUGGCCGACGGCACCGCGACCGCCAACGGCACCACGGCUCCUGCCGCAGCCGCCGCCGCCCCUGCCCCCGCCGACUCCAAGCGGACGCACAAGCAGCGUCGUCGUGCCCUCACGCCGCACAGCAUCACCCCUCGUGCCAACGCGGUGCCCGCGGCCGUGGCGCAGUCGGUCAACGCCACGACGCCCAAGCCCGUCAACCAGGCGCCGUUUCAGCAGUCGAGCUACUACAAGCGCACCUCGGACUUUUCCUUCCUCUCGCACGUCUCGCUGGCGGUGCGUCCGCGCGUCGCCGGAGGACAGUACGGCCGCCUGAUCGGCACCUCGUCGACCGAGAAGCCGGCUCCUAACGACGACGGCAGCACGCCCGACCCCGUCGCCGGCCGGGUCCUCGCCUCGCUCUUCCGCUCCGACAACGUCGACCCCUCCAACGCCGAGCUCAGCAGGUUCAGCCUGGUUCUUCUCAACCAAAACGACCAUUACGGCACCCAAAAUAUGGAGGACAUCACCGUCACAAUCGCGUUCCGUGGUACCGUGGCAAAUGUCACGCUCGGUGUCGGGCUGUAUACCAUGUCCUGGCUGGCCAACAAGACGUCCGAUCUGCCCGAGAGCGCUUGA